AACCAAGAAAAAGGCAGAAACGGAAACCUAAUCGAAGGCCCAGGCAGCCAUCGCCUAUAUAAACACGGCCACUUUGGCUCUCUCUCAGUCAGUAUAAUCUCCCGAUCGAUAUGCCUUACCCAACAGCUCUACUGCUUCUGCUGCUGUUCCUCCUCCAUCCCAUCGCCGUCAGCGCCGGAAAAACCCACCACGGCUUCGGGCAUUUGGGCCGGACGCAUUCCCCACCCAACCACCCCCACUCCUCCGCUCCAGCCAAACCUCCAGUACUCCCUAACUCUCCUGCCAACCAUCCCGCCGUUCCGCCGCCUCCUCCAGCGACUCCAUGGCGCCACCACGUGUUCCUCAACUUCCGGGGACCCGACGUCCGCCACACCUUCUCCGACCACCUCUACUACGCCCUCAUCCGGAAAGGGAUCAAGGCGUUUCGCGACGACCGCGACCUCCCACGCGGCGAGAACGUAACGGAGGCCAUCCCACGCGCCAUCGAGGAGUCCAAGCUCUCCAUCAUCGUGCUCUCCAGAGGCUACGCGUCGUCGGAGUACUGCUUGGACGAGCUGGUCAAGAUCAUGCUGACCAUGAAGGAGAAAGGACACCAGCCUUUCCCGGUCUUCUACAAACUGUCCCCAAACGACGUCGUAGAUCACCAGUCGUCGGGGUGUUACAAGGACGACUUCGACCGUCACAAGAGGGUAUAUAGCUACGAGAGGGUGGAGAGCUGGAGCCACGCGCUCACUUCCAUUGCCGAUAUCUCCGGCUGGGUUCUCCACAGUGAGAGAUCGGAAGCCGAAAUGGUGGAGAACAUAGCCAAGAACAUGAUGCGGAAGGUCCACGAGAUGGGUAGGGCUUCCGACAUGGCGAGUGGGGUGAAGCAGUCAAUUCGACGGUUCGAAACCGGGAAUCAGCAGUUGAUGAAUCUGUUCAUAUGUGAAAACGGGGCCGAUGAUGGUUUCGUCAGGAUCUGCGGGACACAAGAUGGAGAGAGGAAUGUCAGUUUUGAAAGAGUUGUUGUCUUGGACCAUUCCACUUCUGCUACUGCUGCUGAAAACUUAGGGUCUCAUGAUCAGCCGACGACGGGCCAACCUGCAGGUGAUCACCCGCCUCCGAAGCCUGCUGACGACACCGGCACUUCCACUUCUCCUUCAUCGGAAGAAAACAGGAUUAACAUAGAGCACGAUCAACAACACCAAGCUCCAUCUGCUUCAAAAGGGGCCUCCCGAGAAGAAGAAGAAGAAGAAGAAGAUGAUGAUCAGAAGAGGAGGUUGUGGAUGUCCAGAACCUGCACCUACGACGGAAACAAAAACAACCAUAAUCAUCAUCAUAAACAAGAAGAAGCAGACCAACAGCAACUGAAAUUCAUCAAGCCAGAAAUCUCACCCCAAGGCAAGAAGACCGCCAGAAUCCCCAGGACAGUCGCCCAAGAAGAAAUCAAGAAAUUCUGGGACUUCUCCUUAAUCGGGCAGCAGCUAUCCGACACCUCUCCUCAUCGUCAUCACCACCAAAACACAACCACCCUCCUCAACGCAGCCAACAAGCUGUGGAACAUAUCGUCAUCAAACAAAGGAAGUUGGAUCGAGGUGAAGCAAGUGGGAACGGCCCGAAACGGGCUCUACAUCUUCACCUUCUCCAGCCAAAACGUACGCGACCGCGUCGUGGAGUCUUCCCCGUGGUGCAUCGCCAACGCGACGUUCGUGAUGCGGAAGUGGCAGCCCAACCUACAGCUCUCGAGCCUGGCGAGGGAGCGCUCGUCGGCGAUCCCGGUUUGGGUGAGGCUGGUCGGUGUGCCGGUGGAGUACAUGAACGCCAAGGGGCUGAGCUACAUCGCCAGCGUGCUUGGGAAGCCGCUCUACAUGGACCGGGCCACCGCGAGCCGGUCUCAGCUGGCGUUUGCCAAGGUGUGUGUGGAGAUGAGGCUGAGUGAAAAGGGGGUGUCGACCAUAGUUGUGGCGCUUGGUGUUGGUGAUGAUGAGAAGGAUGGUGGUGGUAAUGGUGUGGUGGUGGUUGUUGUUCGAGUGAUCUACCAAUGGAGGCAUUGCAUGUGUAUAUCUUGCCAGCCUACUACUGCCGAGACGACUUGACUUAUCAUUAAUAAGAAAGAGAUAGAGACACUAAGAUAUUAUAAGAAGACGACGAAGACCCAAGACUUUUUGGGAGUGACCGGGUCGUGUGAGUUCAUGGGUUUGAUUGAUCAGCAUGUUCACCAGCCCUUCACUAUUAGGCUUUUUCCACUUCAAUUACCUACAUGCAUACAUCCAGGAAGAAGACCCCAAUUACAGUAUGCACAGGGGAAGCUUCCUGUUCAGUUUAUUGAUUAAUGUGUAAUGAGACAUAGCCCUGAUGGAAUUACUAUUCAAAAAAAAAAAAAAAAAAAACACGUAGCCCUGAAUUGUGAGUUAUUUUGUUAUUGAACGUUUUGACAUGUUGUAUUAUUACAUGGUAAUUUCUUUUAGUGGUUUAGUGGUAACGGAUUGGAAAAUCCACAAUACAAGUAACUAAAUAACAAAAAGAUUUAUUUAAUUCAAGUCAUAGCAAAAUGUUUUUUCUUCUAAUCGAAUUUUUGUUAUAAAGGUUUUGACUGCUGACUGCUGACUGCCUCGCUGGCUGGUGGCCCGGUUUGCAUAAAAAAAUUAUAAAAAAAUAAAUUGCCAAGGUAUCUCCAUUUCAUUGAUUUGUGUCUGUCCUUAUUGAUGGAGGAUUUUUUCAGAAAUACCCUGUUUAAAAAAAUUAUAAACAUAUUAACCAAUCCAAAAUAUUUUCAAAAAUACCACUAUUAAUUGAGAACCGUCGCAGGGGGAGACGGUUUCCACACAAACCGUUCGGGGAGGGGGCAUUUUUAGCCUUGGCAAGAAAUCGCCCCUCCCUAGAGCGGUUUUUUGGCUGCCCUAGAUGAAACCGCUUGUUGAAGGAGCGGUUCUUGGUUGCAAACAUAAAUCGCUCCUUCAACAAGCGGUUUGUUAUGUCGACACCAAAAACCGAUAGGCUUCACUGUUUUAUUGGCAUUGGAGGCGUCUAACCCUGACACUGUUUUCUCCCCCCGCUACCAAGAUGAAGAAAUUCAGCCGCCGGAGCCCGGUAACAAACGUCAUUUCAAACGUCUUUUUUGUUCCUUCAAGCCAUCUAUUGAUGGUUUUCCCUUCUGUGUCCCUGUGAUACAAGUGGACGACAUAUUCCUUACCGACAAGUACAAGGGCACUCUCCUAAUUGCCAGUGAGGCACUCUCCUAAUUGCCAUUGUUGAGGGAGAGAAUGCCGAUAGCUAUGGAUUGUUUUUCCGACAAAAUCAGCUCAAUAUCACUAGGAGAACGAACUUGACAAUCAUCUCUGAUCGCCACGUCGGGGUGAGAGCUGCCAUUUUAGGCUUGGAUCUAGCUUGGAAGUGGUCCCAGAGGUGGUGCAUACGAAACUUCAAAGCAAUUGGAACCAUCAUUUCAAGCGGAGGAAGCUUGCUGGCAAUCUAUGAUGGACCGGUAAGCAUUAUAUUUCAUUGGCAAGUUAAUUUUGUUAAUUGAUAAAAUAUGUCGUGAAAUACAAUACAACACUUAUUUAGACUCUUUAUAAAGAGAUGUCCGCCUAAGGAAAUGGGUUCUUAAGCAAUCAUCAUGGUCCUGCCAUUUCCUGUGAAGAUUGGGUUCUAAGUGAUUAUCGGAUCACCCCUUUUUCUGUCAUGAAGGUUGUGUUUCUAAGGAGAUUUAGAUCUCUCCUAAGAGUCUAACGAGUGUUGUAGUAUUGCUUUACCACUUAUAUCAAGGCACCAUAUACGAGCCAAAGUCAAUUGGCCCCCUUACCCUUUCUUCUGUAUAUGCAUCAGUUGUAGCCUACCAAGAGAAGAAAUUCAGUGAGAAGUUGCAGAAAAUCCGUGAGCUUUGCCCUGAAGGUGCGGAGCUACCAUGUGGACUUUUCAUAAGGACGGAGCUACAUGUGGGGUAAUGCGGACAGCGUUUCGACGAGCUUUGAAGGAAAAAUCAAAGAAAUGUUUUUCUAGAUGACAGUUCCGACUUAGCCGCAAUCAACAGACCACUAUUUCCUUGGUUUUGGCUUGGAGAGGGGAGUGGACAAAGAGAUAUUUUUAGAGAGGGAGAAGAGUGGGUUUUGGUGUAAAGAGAAAUGAAGGAUUGGGGUUGUUUAUAUAGCACACAAACUGCCUGCCUGGGGGUGCAGUUUGGUAAUUUUGCGUAGAAUGUAAAUCGCGCCCUAGGGGAACAUUUUACGUUUUCCAAGAAAAAAACGCGUGCCGUACACGCGUUUCCUCUAUCCACGACGCGGAUCCCUGAGCUGGCAGGCGUUCCACCGUCGGAUCGCUCCUUCAUCGUGCGGUCCCGAGGAACGCCGCGUGGCCACGAGUGGUUUGUUUGAAAACCUUCUCCCCUGCGGCGGUUCUCAUGAAAUGGUGGUAAUUUUGGAAAUAUUUUUGGGUUGGGUGGUAUUCUUAUAAUUUUUUUUAAAUAAUGGUAUUUCUAGAAAAAAUCCUAGCUAAUGGACGCUAGCAAUUGGCUUUGCUUAAUUAUGACGGUUGGAGAGGCAAAUCUGACCAGAAAUGCUAGGCCCUGUUAAAAGUUAAAAUCCACUAAAUUUUUUAUUCAUAAAGAAUAUUUGGAAACCUAUUUCGGGUUUCUCUUAUUUUCUUUUUAUACUUAUGUUUAGGCCAAUUAUCAAUUUGAGCCAAAUUUGUAUACCCUAUAAUUUUGUUUAGUUCCCUUGAGCGUUCAGAUAGUGAGGUAUAUAUGAUACAUGCGUAUCUAAUUAAUGCAUGUAUUAUAUAUAAUGUAUUAUUUUUUAUUUCAAUAUAAAAUGCAUUACAUGUAUUUGAUUUGAAAAUCACUCAAAAUGGACAAUUUAGAAUCUCAUUAUUCUGUGAGAUUGUUGGAAAUGUGUUGUGAGAUUGUGAACCAAAUUUUCUUUUCUUUUAUGCCACUACCAAAUUUUAUAUACGGUUGCUUUUUAUGAACAGUAAUAUGGUAUUCCAUCAAAAUACCAAGUAUCUAUUGGCAACACACCUUGCCAACUGAGUGUUACAAACUAAGCCAAAACUAAUGAAGCCACCAAUACUGGUUCUGGAAUGAAAUCUAUCUCACUAUAGCCACGAAAAAACCAGCAAAGAGCAAACAAUCAACUCGACAGACCAAAACUGGGAGACAUUGGCACUACCAACAACUACGCUCACAUCAUCUUUAAUCGAAUGCAGCAGCACUUUAGGACUCCUCCUUACCACCGCAGAGCCAUUCCUCAGACACCAUAUCUCUCUCCAAAUCAAUCCCAACAUUGCCCUCCAAGCAACUCUACCUGUACAGGCUGUAGAGGAGGAAUGACUUGUUGUAUAUUGAUUAGGAGUGUGGGUUUUAUACCCAAGAUGUAAAGAAUGCGGAAAGUAGAGAAGACGAUGAUUUAAGUGGUUUCCCCGAAGAUCGGGACUAGUCCACGGAGAGCUUGGAGCUCUCAGUUAGGUUUCACUAUAUGCGGCUGAUUAGGUUUAGCCGAGAUGAUUACAGAGUGAGGCCGAGUGCCUCUAAAUAUACCUUCGACAAUUAACUAGGUGAAAAAGGAAAAUAACCAAACAACACACCCAAGUACAAAAGCUGUACAAAUCAGUCCAAUACUCCCCCUCAAGCUGGAGCAUGAAGAUCCCGAAUGCCAAGCUUGGAUAAGAGAUUGUGGAAUUGAUCUGUACCGAGAGCCUUGGUGAAAAUGUCAGCAAGCUGUUGAGUGGUUUUAACCUUCUGAGGAAGUAUCUCACCAGAACUAACGCGCUCCCGGACGAAGUAGCAAUCCAUUUCCACGUGCUUAGUGCGCUCAUGGAAAACUGGAUUAGCCGAGAUGUGAAGCGCUGCUUGAUUAUCACAAUAGAGAGGAGUGGGAGCUCGCUGCACAACCUGCAACUCACGAAGCAAGAAGCGUAGCCAUAGAACCUCACUAGUAGCAUUGGCCAUAGCUCGAUACUCAGCCUCCGCAGAGGAAUGUGACACGACUCUCUGCUUCUUGGCCCGCCAGGAAAUUGGCGCACCUCCCAACUGAACAAAGUAGCCGGUAGUAGAUCGACGGGUCGACUGGCAACCAUCCCAAUCAGAGUCGCAGUACGCGAUAAGCUCCAAAGACCCUGCGGAAGGCAAGAACAAACCUUGCCCCGGUGCAGUCUUAAGGUAACGCAAGACACGAUGAGCGGCUGCAAUGUGAUCAGGACUAGGAGAAUGAACAAACUGGCUCAACACGUUGACAGAGUAAGCAAUGUCCGGACGUGUAAUGGUAAGGUACAGGAGAUGACCCACGAGGCGUCGAUAGGAGCUAACAUCGUCGGCACGAUCAUCGGUGGGGCGUGUGAGAGUGUGGUUCUGCUCCAUAGGGAAACUGCUGGGCCGAGCUGCGCCUAAACCGGAGUCCUUCAGAAUGUCCAGAGUGUACUUUCGCUGACUAAGAACAAUGCCAUCAGGGGAGCGAGCAACUUCGAUACCCAAAAAAUAUUUCAGCACGCCCAAGUCUUUGAUGCUGAAUCGCUGAUGGAGGAAGGUCUUAACACGCUGAAUGACCUCCGGAGCAUCACUAGUCAAGACCACAUCAUCAACAUAGAUAAGGACGGCAACAAAUGCUUCCGGGGUGUGAUAUAUGAAGAGAGAGUUAUCAGCCCGGGACAUAGUAAACCCAAAGUCCACAAGAGCGGAAGCAAAUUUAGCAUACCAGUUCCGCGAAGCCUGCCGGAGACCGUACAAGGACUUCCGAAGCCGACACACCCUGGUGUCUCCAUCCCGAGCGAACCCUUGAGGAACUCGCAUAUACACCUCCUCAUCAAGAUCGCCAUGGAGAAAGGCGUUAUUCACGUCCAGUUGGUGGAGGGACCAGUUGCGCUGAGCCGCCACGGCGAGGAGAACACGAACUGUGACAAGCUUGGCAACAGGAGCAAAAGUGUCGUGGAAGUCGAUCCCCUCUAGCUGUGUAAACCCCUUUGCAACCAAUCGAGCUUUGAAGCGCUCGAUGGAACCGUCUGGCUGAUAUUUGAUCUUAUAGACCCAUUUGGAAUCUAUGAGCCGUUUCCCAGGAGGCAAUGGCUCCAGAGUCCAUGUUCCGUUAGCUACAAGAGCAUCAAUCUCUUUCUGCAUAGCGACCAGCCAAUACUCAUACUGAACAGCCUCGGAGAAAUGUCGGGGCUCAUCCAAUUUGGUGAUGGAAGCCAAAAAAAGCACAGUGGUCAGAAGAGAAGCGGUGGUAACUAACAUGAUUGGAUAUAGGAAACUGAACAUGAUGGGAGGACUUAGGAUAAGUUACCUCGUACACAUCGAGCUUGGAAGGAGGCCGUUUGUCUCGAUGGCUGCGACGAAGAGCAUCGGGAGGAUCGGCUUGGUGUGAGGGCGAGUCACCGCCAGUAUGUGAGUCGGGAAGAACAUUGACUUGAUCAAGACCUUCUUGCUGGGUAGAGACAUGCGGAGGGGAAGGAGAGGUGGACACGUCUACAUCGUCAAGGAGCUCCCCCUGUUGCAUAGAAGUGCUCGAGGUAGAUGGCAAAGGGGAUGUGAUGGGGAGUUCUUUCCACCCCACUUCAUCCAUGGGAUCAUUAUCAGAAUUUGGCACAUCAUUAAGUGCCUCAACGUGACCUGCAGGAGGCAAGUCAAACAAAGCUUGCAUGGGAGAAGGACCAUGCACGUGAGUAGGGUCUUUUUGUGAGCCACUAGUGGACGACCGGAAAGGGAACGUAUUCUCCACAAAAUGUACAUCACGGGAUGUAUAAAUCUUCAGUGUGUGCAAAUCGUAAACACGAUAACCCUUCUGGGUGUCUGGAUAACCAAUGAAAACCCCCGCUCGCCCUCGUUCAGCAUAUUUGUCCAAGGUAUAAUGUGUGUCUUUAGCAUACACGAGACAACCAAAACUCCGUAUGUGUGUAUAGGCAGGAACCCGUCCCAACAAGAUUUCAAACGGUGUCUUUUGAGACAAAGGCACCAAAGGAAGGCGAUUGAUGAGAUAGGCCGCCGUAAGAACACACUCGCCCCAAAAACGCACCGAAAGAUUAGCAUGGAACAUGAGCGACCUAGCUGUGUCUAAAAAAUGCCGAUGCUUUCGUUCCACCACGCCAUUUUGCUGCGGCGUAUCCGUACAAGUCGUUUGAAGAACAAUUCCCUGCUCUUCAUAGUAAUUACGGAGAGAUGCAGUCUGAAAUUCCGGACCAUUGUCCGCCUGGAGACGUCGAACCUUCUUUCCAUACUGAGUACGCACCAAUGCAAAGAACGACCGCAAAUAGCGCUCAGUGUCGGAUUUGAAUUUCAUUAAGUAAACCCAAGUCCCCCGACUGUAAUCAUCGACAAUGGUCAAGAAAUAGUGUGACCCAUCCGUGGCUGGUGUUUUGUAAGGCCCCCAUAUAUCAAGGUGUAUAAGAUCAAAGCAAGUACUGGUCUUGAUUGAGCUUAAAAGAAACGAGUUUCGUGCUUGCUUAGCACGGACACAAGGAUCACAAUGAAAGGAGCUGCGGGAAUCAAAGCUACAACCAACAAGGUCCUUUAAUAAAAAUAACUUGUCCAAAGAUGGGUGGCCAAGCCGAACAUGCCACAGUUCUUUAGAAGCUGCUUGACGAUCAACUCUGCAAGCCUGUGGCAGGGGAUCACGAGCUGUACCCGACUCCUCACCAAAACGCUGCAAAUAAUAUAAGCCGUCUCGCAGUUUACCCACGCCAAUAAGAGUCUUGGAAUGUGAGUCCUGAAUCAUACACAUAUCAUUCAAGAAAAUUACUUCCACGUUGUGCUCCUGAGUCAAACGACUAACAGACAAGAGAUUGCAUUUGAACUCUGGGACAUGCAAAACUCGCUGCAAAGUAAGAGAAUCAGAGAGUUUGACUGUGCCCAUGUUCUUAACUGGAAUACCCGUCCCAUCCGGAAUACGAACUUGUGAAUGAACAAUGUUGUCAUCAACUGAAGUUAACCAUCUGGAAUCUCGCACUAUAUGUUCAUUACAACCUGAAUCUAUCAACCAUUCGUAAAGAUCAGGAUAAUUACCCGCCAUGUGUGCUGUGGGUUCGGAACGAGCGUCCGAUGCAGAAGAAAGCAGCUGUUGAAGUUGCGCAAACUGCGCCGCAGUUAACCCAGGAACCGGGAUCGUCUCACUCUCCACGUGUGCUGCCUUGGAACGCCGACCAGAAUUGCCGGAUCGAUCUUCAGUCGGCUUGUGUUUGGGAUGGCCAGGUGGGAACCCAAUCAAUUUGUAGCAUGUCUCUUUCAAGUGUCCCUUUCGGUUGCAAUGGGAGCAACGAGGAGAGUCUUGUUCCUCAUUUGAGUCCCUAGCAAUUUGUGUAUGGAAAGCACUUGUUUCAAUAGGAGGGCGCCUUGCAUUAGUGAUAUGGCGGUGUUGUUCCUCUGCUGCCACCAUUUGAUAAGCAUCGGCGAGAGUUGGUGUGGGCUUGGUGCCUAAUAUUUGGGACCGUAUGACAGAAUAUGCAUCAUCUAACCCCAUCAGAAACUCGAACAGUCGUGUGAUGUCCAGUUUCUCACGUUGCUUUUGAACCAAAUCGCAGCUGCACCCGCCACAAGUGCAACCACCACAGCUGCAGUGUGCGACUCCUUCUACAGCUUGCAUCUCAUCCCACAAUGAACGCAGAUGGGUAUAAAAUGACGAGACAGUUUGCUUUUCUUGUCUCGUCGAGCUGAUGGUCCGAGGUAACUCGUAGGCACGUUGUGCGGAUCCUUUGCUGAAGCGGCGCUGAAGGUCGAUCCAUAUGGCACGAGCUGUAGUAGCAGUUCGCACACUGUUGCGGACCUCCUUGGUCAUCGCAGUCUUCAGCCAACCUUUGACGUUGGCGUCACAACGGUCCCAAGAGGAUUGGCGCUCUCCUGACCCCGCUUGAUUCCGCGGAAGAGAACCAUCAACAAACGCCAUUUUGUUUUUGGCGAUUAGGGUUUCAGUCAUGUCACUGACCCAUUCUCCAUAGUUGGAAUCAUUCAAGAGAUCACUACCGAAUAGCUGUGCAGGAUUCUCUGACGGAUGCAGAUACAAGGGCGAGCUGAUGGGGAUCGUAUCCGUGCCAGAGGUCACGUUCUUGACGUCCUUUGCCUCGUCUUCCUUGCUCAUGAUGCGAAAACGUAUUGAUAUGAAUCUAUAGCUCUGAUACCAAGUAAAGAAUGCGGAAAGUAGAGAAGACGAUGAUUUACGUGGUUUCCCCGAAGAUCGGGACUAGUCCACGGAGAGCUUGGAGCUCUCAGUUAGGUUUCACUAUAUGAGGCUGAUUAGGUUUAGCCGAGAUGAUUACAGAGUGAGGCCGAGUGCCUCUAAAUAUACCUUCGACAAUUAACUAGGUGAAAAAGGAAAAUAACCAAACAACACACCCAAGUACAAAGGCUGUACAAAUCAGUCCAAUACAAGAAUACAAAGAGAACCCUAGCAGCACGUUGUACAGUGGAAGUAGUGCUGUGGGUAAGUGGCUAAACAAUAGGAACUAACUAACAGAAAAAAAUUAAGAAAAUGAAAUAAUUAUAUAUUCCUAUCACGCCCCCGCAAGAUGGUGGAGGAGACGACACCAAUCUUGGCACGUAGAAGCUGGAACCGUGUAAUGGGUAGGGGCUUGGUGAGAGAGUCAGCGAGCUAGUGCGCAGUGGAAAUGUGACGAACAUGAAGAGCAGCGGAGUGAAUGAGCUCACGGACAAAAUGAAAAUCAAGUGCCAAAUGCUUCAUGCGGGAGUGGAAGACUGGGUUGGUGGAGAAAUGAACAACGCCGAGAUUAUCACUAUGAAGAACUGGCGGCUGAGGUAGCGGCUGUUGAAGCUCAGUGAGCAAGUUCUGAACCCAGAGCAGCUCCGCCGUGGCAUGGGCUACUGCACGGUAUUCAGCCUCAGUGCUGGAACGAGCGACAGAGCGUUGCUUCUUCGAUUUCCAGGAAAUGAGAUUACCACCAUAAUAAAUUAGAUAGCCCAUAGUAGAGGUACGAUCAUCCGGGUCGCCCGCCCAGUCAGAAUCGGCAAAGGCAACCAACGAUGGAGAGACAGUGGGUGUCAGGCGAAGACCAAAGGAGGCAGUGCCUUUGAGAUAGCGAAGGAGACGCUAUGCCAUGUAAAUAGUUUCCUGCAAAGAGCCUUGGAGAAAGGCGUUAUUGACAUCAAAUUGAUAAACCGGCCAGUUAUUGGUCAAGGCAAUGGUGAAGACAGUCCGUAUCGUAACCGGCUUCAGAAAUGGACUGUAUGUUUCAUGAUAGUCGAUGCCGGGCCGUUGAGUAAAGCCUUUGGCCACAAGGCGGGCUUUAAAACGAUCGACCGAACCAUCCGGAUUGCGCUUGAUGCGGAAGACCCAUCGGCAACCCACAACGUUGUGACCAAGGGGACGGGGCACCAACGUCCAUGAAUUAUUGCGGUCCACCGAGAAUAAGCCAGGGCCCGCUUAACAGAAGGAGGUUCAAAGUCAAUAUAUGAUACCUGAGCCGAGAAGAGCUUCUUCGGCCGGAAGAUCCCAUGCUGACUGCGUGUGGACAUAGGAUGAGAGCGCGGCGGCACAACCUUAGCCGGUGGUGGUGGUGGAGCAUUUUGUGGGGAGGACGUAGCCAUAGGGGACGCUGGGGAGCCGGCGGAUGACAUGAGACGCGGAGGAGAAGCCAUGGUGGACGGAGAGGCAGUGGGAAUGAUGGGAGCAGGGGAUGUGGAUGGAGGAAGGUAGUACUGUUGAAGAGGGGGAGUGGCGAGAGUGACCCAAUCAGUAGAGGAGAGGGAUGUAUCUGCGGGAAUGGCGAGGCCAGGAAAGGAAGUUUCAUCAAACCGAACAUGGCGAGAAACGAAGAUUCGUUGGCUAGUGGGAUCAUAGCACUUAUAAGCACUUUGAGUGAGAGAGUAACUAGGAAGAUACAGGAACGGGAACGAGGGGCCAAUUUGUGGGGAGAGUAAGGCCGAAGCCAGGGGAAGCAAAGGCAGCCAAAGGAUCGGAGCUUCAGGUAGUUGGGUAAUUCGUUGAACAAGGAGAAAUAGGGCGUGGCACCACGACGAGAGGAGGAGGGCAGGCGAUUUAUAAGAUAUGUAGCCGUCUGGAAAGCAUGAGACCAGAAGGAGAGAGGAAGCUUGGCCGAAUGAAGAAGGGAGAGGCCAGUUUCCACGAUAUGGCGAUGCUUUCUCUCGGCGAGGCCAUUAUGCUGCGGAGUAUGAGGCGGUGUAAGAAGGUGAGUAAUGCCGGUGGUUUGAAAAAAAAACAGAGCUUCUGGAACUCGCCACCACCAUCACUAAACACACGGCGAAUGGUAGUUUGGAAAUAAUUGGUGAUCAUCGUAGUGAACGUUGUGAAAACAUGACAAACAUCAGAUUUACGGGAUAAAGGGUAGCCAUGUAUAGCGGGUAAAAUGAUCCACAAUGACCAAGUAAUAAGAGUAAGAAUCAAGGGAAAGCACAGGGGAAGGUCCCCAAACAUCCAUAAACAGUAAAUCGAAUGGAUGAGUACUUGUCAAACUCGAAAUAGAAAACGGAAGUUUGUGACUCUUAUGCAAUGAACAUGACUCGCAAGAGGAACAAGAGGAGCCUGAGGCAGGGAGAGACUGAUUACGGAGUAAACGGGACAGCAGCUUGAUGUUGGGAUGGCCUAGGCGAUGAUGCCAAGUGGAGAAGGAGGUGGAUGUGGCGGACAAGGCGAGACGAACAGGAGAAUGGGAAUCCACUGGCAACUCAUACACGUCAUCAUUAUUCAGGCCGCGAAGCAGAGGCGCCCCCGUGGCUAGAUCCUUCACAACAAAACAAUCAGAGAAGAAUUCCACCGAAACCGGGUUAGAUUUGCACAAUUGGGCAACCGAUAACAGGCGGCGUUUAAUAGCCGGAACACACAAUAUAUUAGAAAGAGCCAAGGACGAGGAAGAAGUAGGGAGGCUAGACUGCCCGAUGUGGGUAAUUCGCAGACCUGAACCAUUGCCGACAAUAACCUCUUCAGGGCCAUGGUAGUCGGUGUAGAGAGAGAGACCAUCGAGGUCAGGGGUGACGUGGUUGGUGGCGGCGGAGUCAAGAAGCCAGCCGCCGGAGGAGGAGGAUCCGGCAGUCAUAGUAUGGUGGGCUUGAGGGCGACCAUGGAGCCGGUAGCACUCUUUGGCGGUAUGGCCCGGCUUAUCGCAAAACUGGCACUGGAUGUGCGGGCGGCCGAGGAGAGACGGUGCUGAGGAAGGCGCUGGGUGAGGAGACCCACGAGAGGGGGAAUGACCACGAUACCCAGUGUCGGGGUAGGUGGUAGGUUGCAAUUGGCGAGAGCGGCGAGGACUGCCAGAACUGCCGCGGCCGCGAAUCGGGGAAGAACGACCACGAAAGGAUGAGAACACACUGGUAGGAGCUAGGGCAGAAGAGGAUCGAUGCGCCUCAAAAUCGGCCUCAAAAUCAACUAGACGAUCGUGCAGAUCUUCAAGAGCAAUGGGGGUGUCACGGGCGCGAAGAGCAGCAGAAAGGGGACCGUAUUCCUCACGCAGACCGCGUAGAAUAUGAAGAAUCAUAUCUUCAUUGGACAUAGGUGCUUGAACCAAGGCGAGUUCAGCCGCCAUGGUGCGCAUAGACUGCAGGUAGACUGCAACGGAGCGGGAGCCUUGGGUUUCGCGGCCGAGCUUUGUUUUCAGAUGCAUGACCCGCUGCCUAGACUGACUGGCGAACAUGCGCUCCAAGAUCAGCCACGCAUCGCGGGAGGACUCAACAGACGUGACAUACGGAGCAACGCUGGGCGUAACCGAAGCCAGAAUAGAGUGGAGGAGAAGUUGAUCUUGACGGAACCAGUGAACACGAAAAGCUGCCUCAGCAUCGGCGGCAGGGGGAGGAUGGGAGCCAUCAAGAUAUUUGAGCAGGUCAAGCCCGCGAAGAAGAGUCACGAGCUGGGCACGCCAGGUAGGGAAGUUCUCGCCAUUGAGUUUGUUGGGAAAUUGAGUGGCGGGAUUGAGGGUGAUAAUGGUAUGAGAAUUGUCAAGGUUAAUAACUGACCCACCAUCAUUUUGAGACAUGGCGGCCGAGAAGAAGAAGAAGAAAGGUCAAGAGAGAAUGGGAUUAAGGAGAUCGGAGCGCAGCUCUGAUACCAUGUAGAGGAGGAAUGACUUGUUGUAUAUUGAUUAGGAGUGUGGGUUUUAUACCCAAGAAUACAAAGAGAACCCUAGCAGCACGUUGUACAGUGGAAGUAGUGCUGUGGGUAAGUGGCUAAACAAUAGGAACUAACUAACAGAAAACAAUUAAGAAAAUGAAAUAAUUAUAUAUUCCUAUCACAGGCAACAUUAGACUUUGAUAGAGCUCCGGAUUAAGCUCUAUCGAGAGAUUGGGGAUUAGGGAUCAACUAGGGAUUGAUCCGGGAAUUUGGGAAUUGGGGAGGGGUGAGCUCCUCCUCGAUCUGCUCUGGAUCUAUGUUCAGCCACCCCAGCCCUCUAGGCUCGUGAUAUGGGCCCACUACAUCAAUUCGGCCCAUGUGCCCAGGCGGCCCAUGCGCAGUCCGCUGGGCCCCAUUGUCAUACCCGGGCAUCUUGGCCUUGCCCUUGCGAGCCGUCAACUCUUGGGCCGUCGGGGUAGGCAGAAGCCCAGGCCCACCGCCGCGCCCUAGCUAUUUGUGGCCUGCCCGUUCAGUCACGCCGGCCUGAUCGCCCUCGCCUGUCGCGGCCGCCACCAUAGCCGCCUGCUUCACCACUGCCGCCGCCGUCGGAGGUAACUCCGCCGCCGCCAUCCCGCCUGAUCCGCCCUCCGCGGUCGGGUCGCUGCCCGCUGCCCCGUCGCCCGCCGGCGGCUCCCCUGCCGCGCUCAGCCCACCCCCCCUGUACCGCCGCCGCUGCUUUUCUGUGGGGGUUGUUGCGCGCCCCGCAACGUCGCCAGGGUCGCUUGGACCUCAUCGAGCCUGCUCCAAAUUCGCCGGGACUCCUCCUCCCGCUCGCGCUUCUCCGCCAUCAUCUCCACGUGUUCCCUUUCGAACGCAGCCACCAGGCGAGCCAGGUUGACUCGGAUCGUCCCCAUCUCCAUUUCAUCUACCAGUUCCCCGUCCCGCGGACUAAGAACCCGCUGCGUGCCAUUCACCGGUGGUCGGCAGCCCCGUCAAGGCCUCCUGCUCCUGCGCCGCCUUGGCGGCCUUCUCAGUUGCUUGCAUGGACUUCAUUGACACCAUCGUGAUCGUCGUUCUUUGUUUGCUCAGAAACCCAAGAACCGGGCUCUGAUAUCAAAUGAUAGAGCUCCGGAUUAAGCUCUAUCGAGAGAUUGGGGAUUAGGGAUCAACUAGGGAUUGAUCAGGGAAUUUGGGAACUGGGGAGGGGUGAAUUGGGAGGAUUGAAGUUAGAAGAAGGGAGGGAGAAGGGGUGCUGCCGAUCGACAGCUUGGAGGGAGAGUGGGGAAGGCUCGGCGGCCAAGAGAGAGGAUAGAGGGAGGGUGAGAGCAAUUAGAUUUUAGGUUUAAUCUUUUGGUUACCUUUCCUACGUAAAACAAUAGUUUAAAUAUCCAAACACAAUUACCUACUAACUACCCCAAAUUAUUAAUCCUCCAAAUUAUUUCCCAAUAACCAAAUAAACCCGAACAGAAUAAUUCAAAUCGAACGUAAAUCCAAAUAAUUAAAAUGUCUAUCAGACUUCCCUUUAAAUUUGCUCACAGCCCACUGCCCCGAGACUUGUCUAUUAGAAAUAUGAGAAACCAAUCCCUUAAAAAGAAAUCUAUACACUUCACAGGAAGCAAAAAGGUGGUCUCUAGUCUCUAGUCUCUAGUCUAUAUCCCCAACAAAUCAUCUUGUCACAGGUACAUAUGUAGUCAUUUACCACCAACCAGGCCACAAAUUGAUCAUUUGGAAUAGUAACGUCCAGAUAAGAGUUUUCCAAGGAACUGAAGCUCGAUGUGGAUACAAGAAUUCCCACAUCCUCUUGACGCUAUAUUUGGUCAUAAGCACGCCAUUCCAGAAAAUUUCAGACCCUUGGACCUAAAGCAUUGACCCAAAUAUAGCUUUACAUUUCAGUUGUUUUUUUCCAAAUCCAUGAUCCAGCCUUACUUGCCACCAACCAAAAAUCUAAACUUUUUGAACGGUAUUCUUUAACCCAGGAUACCUAGAGCGAUCCUUGUUGAGCUAAGAUAGCCCAAUUCUGAUGAAUAACACAAGCAAGGUUACAUGUGGACAAAUCUCUCAACCCUAGCCUGCCCUCUAUUCCAAGGAGAGUUAUGUGCUUCCAGGCAACAACAGCUUUCUUCCUACCACCUUCUUUCACCUCCCAUAGAAAAUCACUGCAAACUUUCUCAAUUUCCUUGACGACUGCCUUAGGGAGAAUAAAGGUAGUCAUCCAGAACUGAGUUAAACUGUACAAGACAAUCAUAAUCAGUUGAAACCUCUCUACCUAGCUGAGAAACUUAGACCUCCAUCCAUUUAUUUUUGCAGUCAUCUUAUCCAUAAGAGGCUUACAGGCCUUGAUUGUCAAUUUUCCAGGGAUAAGAGGCAAUCCCAAAUAACGAACAGGCAAAGACCCUAGGUUAUAACCAGCCCUCUCAGCCAUUUGUUUCUGCCAUUGUAAAGGUACCCCCCCCCCCCCACGCCGCCCAUUCUCCCACCCACAGUAAAGCUCACAUUUUGAUAGAUUUGACACCAAACCAAAUAGUAACUGAAAUUGAGCUAACACCCUUUGAAUAGCAUUCAGAUCAUAGUUGGAACCAUCAGAUAAGAGAAGCAAAUCGUUAGCAAACAUCAAGUGAGUUAGGUUCAACCGUUUGCACAUAGGAUGAAAGGGAAGCAGUCCCCUAGAAGAGCAAUUCUACUAUGCUAUAUAGUAUUGGUGCUUUAAUGUACAACUCAAAGUUGUACCAUAACAUUAAAUGUAUAAGUUUAGGUUGUACCAUAAAACAAUUUGUAUCAUUAUGUUAUGGUACAACUUUACAACUUGAAGUUGUACCAUCACAUAAAUGUACAAGUUCAAGUUGUACCAUAAAAGAAUUUGUACAAAAAGUAUAGGUACAAUCUAAAAUUGUACCAUAACAUAAAUGUACAAUUUUAAGUUGUACCAUCAAGGCAAAAACCUAUAGCACCAAUACUAUAUAGCAUUGUAAAAUUUCUCCCCCUAGAAGCCUCUCUAUACAUAAGAUAGGAGAAAAUCUCCAUUUCAAUAACAAACAAAUAAGGGGACAAGGGAUCACCCUGUCUUAAUCCCUUCCCAGCAGAGAAAUAGCCUGUCAUACCCCAUUAAAGUUGACACUAAAUCUAGGGUUAGUAACACACAUCUUGAUCCACUUAAGAAAUUGUGCAGGGAACCCCAUAGCUUCCAUUAUAGUUCGCAAAAACCUCAAGUCCACAGAGUCAAAAGAUUUUGAUUUUUGAGUUUUAAGAGUUUAGAUUUAUUUUUAUAUACAUUUUAUUAACUCAAAUAUAAAACUAUUCUCUCAUAUGUCCUUCGGGUUUGGGAAAGCCCUCUUGAAAAAUCUAUUUAUGUGCAUUUUCUCUGAUUAGUUGGGUUGGGAUUGUAUUGAGCUAGGAUAGUGGCUGAGUCUCCUUUUUUACUUUCAUCAUUUUAUGUCCUUUGGUUUCGCAUACGUCAACAGAUAAAGGCUUAAUGGUUUAGGUCCUUUGGUUUUGCAUACUUCAACUAAUACUCUAUUUGAUGCUAAGUUCACUCUUAUAUGACAGGCAUUGCUUACAGUAUUGAUCCGUCAACCAUCCUAUAGUGAAUAGGUGCAUAGAGAGAAUGCGCAUCAAGCACUAGGAAAAGGUAAAACAAGAGGACUGUCUUUAAUUCAAUAGUUUACUGUUAUUUGAAACCAAUUGGUGGUUUGCCUGCUUCCCUGAUUGUUUGUAAAACCCUAAACGAGAUCAAUUAUGUGUUUAACUGAGUGGGUUCCUAAUGUUAUGUUAUUUAUCCUGUGCAGAUCCUUUUCUCGUUCAUCUCUCUGUGUGCUUUCAUCUUGACCAUCUACUUCAUAAGUGAAGGUUAGUGUUAACUUUCAAUACAAUUAGAAUGAUUAC